AUGUUCUCCAAGGCUACCAUCGCGACUCUGUUCGCUACCCUCGCGGCUGCCCAGGUCCACGCUCCCGUUGGCGAGCCCACCGGCAACCCCAUCACCAAGCCCGUGAACGAGGUCGUCCCCGCCUGCAAGCCCUUCACCAUCACCUGGCAGCCAACCACGCCCAACACGGUCUCAAUCCUCCUCCUCAAGGGCCCCCCGACCAACGUCAAGAAGUUCGGUCCUUCGCUCGCCGAGGGCAUCGCCAACAGCGGCAGCCUGACCUGGACUCCCCCCUCUGACCUCGAGCCCACGACCGGCCACACCGGCUAUGGCCUCCAGCUCAUCGACGACGUGACGGGCCAGUACCAGUACUCGACUCAGUUCGGCAUCUCUAACGAGGGCUGCGCCGUCGUGUCCGGCUCGGGCUCUUCUGGAUACCCAGUCGCUACCCCGACGCCAACCCCGUCUGCCAGCAAGGCUGCGUCCUCCGGAUACCCCGUCUCGUCGGCCCACAGCACCACCGUUGCGCCGCCCCACAGCACCGUCAUCUACAGCACCGGCGCUCCCCACGCAAACGGCACCGUCAUCCAGCCCACCAAGCCCAUCACCGUCCCCAGCUCGCUCAAGCCCUCUGCCACCGGCAACGCCACCACCUCCAGGCUGCCCGAAGCCACCGGCGCUGCGUCUGCCCUCCAGGCUGGUCUCAGCCUGGCCGGUGCCGCCGUUGCAUUCGCUUUCAUGCUAUAA